GCUACAGAUUAAUUCAAAUUUAAAAAUAAGGUUUUUUUUUUUGCAAAACAUCCCUUUAUCUUGCAAUUUUUUUCUUCUCACUAAAAAACGAAAACAUAAUAGCGACUUCUCGUCUCUCGAAUCGUAUUUUUUUCACAGCAGUUGCAAUUCGCCGUUUAUUCUUUAUUCUAACUUUUCCCUUUUUCAAGUCACUUUUGGUCAGUUUUAAUGCAUCCUUCCGGAAUACAAAGUAUGCAUUUCUUCGAAAAGUCAAAUCGAACGUAACGUUUAAUCAACGUUCCACCAUCGUUUCCUAUCAACUGUGCGUCUCUUCAGCGGCUCUCUUAGAUGUUCCGGCGCAUGCGGCCCUGUUUAAAACCGUGUUUCUUCGACUCGGCAGCUGCUUCCAAUCCGACGGCAUUCGCUUCCCCGAGCCCCGUUUCCAAAUGUUGAACGAGGGCGGGCAGGUUCACGCAGACCUCUCUGUUCAAAGCCGCCCUGUUCUCCGUCAAACACUGCGUGGCAGCAUCAAACGCGCUGGCCGCUCAGAUAUGUUUGUGUUUUUCCAGCAGCUUUGCGGGAGGAUAAUUGGGGGCAGGCUUCUGCAAAGCUGCCGGAUGUGUGGAGCAUUUCUCUUCCCGGCUGUUUCUGGGCGGGGUCGAGUGUAAAAGGCUCCUCCUCUCCGUCGCUGGAGGCCCUGAGUCAUUCGGGGCCCCGGUAAUAAACAUCGCACCCACGCGUGAUAUCUGGCCCCUGCUUGUUGAAUUUUGCGUGUUGUGAUGUUGGUCGGACUCGUCUCGCUCGGGCCGGUGCCAGUGCUUUUGUUUUCCCCGAGCCGAGGAGGGUCAGCGGCUGGUCAGGUCCAAAUGAAAAAAUAGCUGGCAGGAGCUCAAAUCCUCAAAGCCUUUGACUGUUUCUCCCGCAACGAGAGCCAGAUCUGUAGAGCGGCUGCUGAAGUCUGGAUUGAUGGUAACUGGAUUAAUCUGCUCAGAUGUCUCGUUUGGCUCCACCCGGGCGGCUUUCCGAAAAGACGUGAUUUUGGAGAUCCUUUAGGACGCGUUAUAGCUACAUGUUUACCAUCAGAAGCAUGAAGCAACGGCUGUUUAAGAGUAGAUUUGUGCAUCAUUAUGGCGUCCAGCAACAUGCUUCCUGUUUCCGAACCCGAGUCAAAUGCUUGAGAUGCUUCAGGUUCCAGUACGUUGAGACUGAUGUACACUCGCCCGUCACAUUGUCCACAUUUUUAGAGUAAGUCACACCCCUGCUUCCUCGAACAUGGCAUAUAAAAAGCGGUACGGUAUAAACUGGGCCCAGUGCGGAGAAAAUGGCAAAAGCCAGAAUUUCGGUGGCUGAGGACCAGUUCGUCUGCUCGGUUUGUCUGGAUCUCCUCGUGGAUCCGGUGACCAUUCCCUGUGGACACAGUUACUGCAUGAACUGUAUUGCAAGCCACUGGAACGAGCAGGAUCGGACGGGGAGCUACAGCUGUCCUCAGUGCCGAGGGGCCUUCACGCCGAGACCCGCUUUAGGCAAGAACGUGAUGAUCGCCGAAAUGGUGGAGAAACUGAAGAAGAGCGAGCUUCGGGAUGCCGGAGGCGGUGAUGUGAAGUGCGACAUCUGCACCGGGCGGAAAGACAAGGCGGUCAAGUUCUGUCUGGUGUGUCUGAACUCUUACUGUGCCGCUCAUUUUGGGCGUCAUGAGGAGCUCCACUCGGGAAAGCGACACAAAGCGAUCGAUGCCAGCGGACGACUGAAGCAGAUGACCUGCCCUAAACACGAUAAGACUCUGGAGGUUUUCUGUCGCACCGACAAGAAAUGUAUCUGCAUUCUUUGUGUGAUGGACGAACACAGGAACCACGAGACCGUAUCAGCCGCGGAAGAGAGGACUAAGGUGCAGGGUCAUUUGAGGGCGAUGCAGAGAACGAUCCAGCAGAGAAUCCAGAAGAAAGAGAUGCAGCGUCAGGAACUGAGAGACGCUGUGGAGUCUCAGAAGAGAUCCGCACAGGCAGCGGUGGAGGACAGUGAGAAGAUCUUCUCUGAUCUCGUUCGCUCGAUUGAGAGAAGCCGCUCUGAGGUGACGCAGCUGAUCAGAGCUCAGGAGCGAGCUUCAGUGAGUCGAGCCCAAGAACGACUGGAGCAACUGAAGCAGGAGAUCGCGGAGCUGAGGAGGAACAAGGCCGAAGUGGAGCAGCUUACAGACACGGACAACCACGUGCAUUUGCUCCAGAAUUUCCAGUCCCUCGCCUCUCUCUCCUUAUCCUCAAAAUUACCCAGAAUCAUCAUCGGUUCCGUCCUCUCUUUCGAUGAAGUUGUGAAAUCUGUCUCUAAAAUCAGAGACCAACUAAAUCAAUACUGCAGAGGGGUGAUCAACAACAUAUCCGGCGCAGGUAAAUGACCAAGCAUUCAUCUAUUCAUUCGUGAAACACAUUCAGAUCGUCCUCGCCCCGAUUUUGAGACCAGAGACGAAUACCUGGGAUAUUUCCAUCAAUUCACUUUGGAUCCGAACACAACUAAUAAAAACAUCGGUCUCUCUGAUAAGAGCAGGACGAUUACCGGCACGCUUGCGGACCAGCCGUAUCCUGAUCAUCCAGACAGAUUUGAUUCUGUAGUUCAGGUGUUGUGUAGAGAGAGAGUGUCUGGACGCUGUUAUUGGGAGCUUGACUGCAAUCAGGUUGAACGUUUGGGCGUAUCGGUGUCUUAUAAGAGCAUCGGUAGGAAGGGACAUGGCAACGAGUGUAAGUUUGGACGUAAUAACCAGUCCUGGAUAUUGUUGUGUUCACCACCCAAAUACACAUUCCUGCACAAUAACACGAAGACUAAACUCACCGUAGCAUCCAGCUCCUCUAGAAUAGGAGUGUAUGUGGAUCACGGCGCGGGGAUUCUGUCCUUCUACAGCGUCUCUGACACAAUGACCCUCAUUCAUAAAGUCUACACCACAUUCACACAACCUCUCUAUCCUGGUUUCUCGCUGGGAAGCAACGCAACGGUGAAGCUAUGUAACGUCCAAAAAUAAAUGAUACAGAUAUCUUUAGGGUCUGUUUUAAAGACAAAGGUAAAUAUUACAGCUUAGCUAUUAUUGCUGAUUGUAGCUUGAAUCCAAAACAAUAAUUCAAUAAUCGUUUUGUUUCAUAUUACACUUUUCUGUUGAUAUUUCAUGUGGUGAAAUAAAAACUUGUUUAUUUUUGCCCCAUGU